AUGGCACAUGCCAGUGGUACUGAAGUGGCCGUAGUCGAAGAAGCUGGUAACAUUACGCAUACGACCUCAAGCAGUACAGUAACGGUACAAGAGCCUGCACGCCGCGCGAUAGGUCCAAGGCGACCGUCUAGGUCCCGUCGUAAAAUCCCUGUAGCACCGUACAACCCUGCGUCUAGGCCUGCUGGUAGCAAUCAACAGCAGCCAGCACACUUCCCACUGCCGCCCUGCCCCAGGAGUGGCAUCCAGUGGAUCGCCAGCGACAUGCAGCCCCGAGCAGCCUGGGAGAUGUCGUCUAAACCCCAUGAAGCUGCUAACACGUCCGUCGUCAAUUUCCUGUCGACUCUCACUGCAUACGACCAGAAGGAUGAUAUCGCCGGCUGCGCGGACUCACUCUUUGCGCCUCACCAAGCUUCGUACGGCGACAAGAGUGAGACGUUGUCUCAGCUAGUAAAACGUUGCAAGGCGAUGGAGAGCAAACGCGGUGUAUUUGACUUCCAUUUCAUGGUCGCCCUCAUGAGGGUGAGCUUCGAGUGCGCAAGUUUGUCCGGAUGGGCCGACGUCAACAUCUCAGCUUUAUGGCGCGACCACCUUGCGAGCGAGGCCAAACCGCCCAGCAUCCGAACGUUACAAUACUGGUAUUCCAGAGGUACUAAGUUGGCAAGGCUUGCAUCAGGAGGAACCGUUUACAUGCUUGUGUGGAUGGCAUACACCAACUUACGUGUGCCGUUCAUUGAGGCGAAUGGCAAUCUGGCAUCAGACCUCGCCAACAUAUUGCGAUGCCCAGAUGCUGAGAGCCCAGUGGGACGACAAGUCCUGCAGACUGUCAUUCCCACUGUGGCGUUUCUAUCCGACCAGUCCCCUAUACGACUGGGCGACCUAUUCACAGUAGAUACACUCACCGCACUGGGCGUCUCGGCUGACAGCCUAUGCGGCGACCUCAAUAUCUCUGACAGGUUCUUCAGUGCUCUUCCUUCAAACUCUUUUACUGCCGUCCCACGCAACCCAGAAGCUUGGGCUCAUUUUGGUUGUAGCCAGAGAGAAGAACCCCUUUCCCCUCUCACACCGCUGUCACAAUUGUCACCACUACUCGAAAUCGAUCGCUUCCCUUGUUCGCCUGAACGCUCAGUGUCCGCUUCCACUAUUCGCGACGACGCUGGAUUCGCUACAACUGCAACGAUUAUCGCAUCAAAGUACGAUGCAGACCUAACGCACAACCGACAGUUCAAACCUCCUAGGCAUAGAGAGAAGAACGCACGAUGGACUGAGCUUCAACGGUCCGUGGCAAUGGAAGCCAUGGAACCUUCAAGCCUAGAUGAGCUGCGAUCACUGCUACAGACACAGUAUGUGGACGGCAUGCGCCCAACCAGCAAGGGAUACGUCAGGCUCAAACGAGAUCUAUUUGAGGACGUACUCGCUAUACAGUCUGUACAGUCAGGCGUUAUCGCAAAUAUCUGCAAAUCAAUGCCGCAGAGCCUGCGAGACGGUCUGACGGAUCGUCUCGCAGCGUGCCUUGAGCCUGAUGCCCUGAAGGCAAUAGACACAGCUCAGGUUGGCGGUGACCAUGUCUUCCAGGUCAUGCAUUUCUCUUGGUACAAUCGCCACUGUACCACUGGAAAAGACGCUCCAGUGAACGUGCCGCCUAUGACCAUGAAGAGGACUGGCGGUCUCAAGACUAACUAUCAUCAGUUCAUUCCAUACCCGUCCAAGGACAUGACGCAGUCUACAAAUGCAUCAAUUUACCAGUCCGUGAAGAAUAUCUUAGGACCUGUGUUUGACUGGCUCGACGCGAAGGUCGAGCAGCAGUUCACGUUCCGCGCGGUGUUCGUCGGGUGCGUGUUGAGGCUGAGCGUGGUCAUCUCGGAGAGCAAUGUGUAUCUGGGCCUCAAGACGGGCUGGACGCGCCGAACUUCGCAACAUGCGACACCUGAAGUCAUCAAAGCUCUUCGCACGCCCUCAGCCUCUCUUCGCAAGACGGCGUUGUCGCCGCAUCGCAAGGCGAACAAGGAGCCGGACGCCUCAAAGCCCGAGGAACGCACGCCGGUGCGCAGGGUGCGAGCGAUCGCGGUGCGCAGGGUGCGAGCGACAGGCGGACGCGAUAUGCGGGCGGCGGGCGCGGUGCGCAGGGCGUGA